AUGCGUCGGGCAUUGCCUCCCAAAACCCGUAUUACUAAAGAGGCCAUAGAGGUCAUGCAACAUUAUGCAACAAACUGUAUCCAUUUGGUUACAUCUAACGCAAACAUAGGCUGCAAACAAGACAAUCGCAAGAAAGUCUCUGCCGAAGAUAUCAUUUCGGCCAUUGGCAGGAUAAGGCUUGAGGACUACGUUGAGCCUUUGACGUCGUAUCUGAACAAAUAUCGUGGCAUGAAACAAGAUCGCGAUGUCGUGCUUGCAAGGGGUUCAGGAAAGAAAAGGCAUGCCAUGGAUAUCGAUGACACCUUAGAGAAUGAUGAUACUGGCGAUAGCAAUGCCAAUCCUAGCAAGGAAGACGAUGCAGAACCUAGCUCUCUUCACCAGCCUUGGUUGAAAUGA